AUGUUCUCCUUUCCUCUAAAUAAAGCGUCAACUACCGUAAUAGCAACAUCGACUCAACAACAGCAACGACGACAACGUCAAGAACGACAUCAACAACAACAACAACAACUUCAACAACGACGACAACGUCAAGAACGACAUCAACAACAACAACAACAACUUCAAUGCCAAGAACGACAACGACGACAACGUCAAGAACAACAUCAAGAACAACAACAACAACCUCAAUGCCAAGAACGACGACAACGUCAAGAACAACAUCAACAACAACAUCAACAACAACUUCAACAACGACGACAACGUCAAGAACAACAUCAAGAACAACAACAACAACCUCAAUGCCAAGAACGACGACAACGUCAAGAACAACAUCAACAACAACUUCAACAACAACUUCAACAACGACGACAACGUCAAGAACAACAUCAAGAACAACAACAACUUCCACAAUGA